AUGUAAAUAUCAGAUAAUGCAAAAGCAUCACGCAAAGGAUUAGGAUUACUCCUUAAUCAACAUCAUCGUUAACACUUUUCAGAGGACUUUCAAAGACCAUAAUAAUUAGGAACUCCAAGAUCUUAUAUGUAAGCCUUACCAAAGAUGAGUACUCAAUUUAAUUCUGUGAGUACUACAAACUCAAAUACUAGAAAAUUAAUAAGUGCUGAGAGACCCACUAUUACCAUAGCUGAAGAGCAAGAUUCCUAUGGUUAUAGAUAGUAAGACUAAUUGGAUGAAGAACUCUUAGUAACUAUUUAUUAAAAAUGCAGCGAAUUCGUGAAAUGCAUGAAAUUCUUAAAUCUAGAUGCAGUACUUUAGAUUUAUUGAUCUCAGUUAUUGGUGGCAAAGAGUUUGUACACAAUAUUAAAAACCAAACUACAUUAUAAAAGAUUUAAGAAUUGUUAAAAAGCAUUUCUUAAACAUUAUAACAAUCUGCAAAGACUGAAAUAGAAUUAGGCUUCAAAAUGAGGGAAAUAGAGAGGAAGAAUAGUAUAUUAAUUAACUUAUCGUAGUUAAGUAUUCAUCAUUAUAAAUGAAGUAACUGAAAUUAUCAGAUAAAAAUCAAUCUCUAUAAAGUGUGAUUGAUGUACAUAGUUAAAAGACCAAUAAAUUAUUGGAUGAGAAUUCUAAAUUAUAGAAACAAUUAAAACAAGAAAGAAAAUUAAAUGCAUCUAAUUCUAAAAAAAUCACAGCAUUAGAAAAAAGAAUUGAAUUUCUUUUGGAAAAUGAUGUAAAUUCUGCCUUGAAUCCUAAUGAUAAAUUAAGGAGUAGUCUUAAUGAAUUGUUAAAAGAAAAUGAAUUAAUAAAAAGAGAAUUUGAACAUAAGAAAUAAGAAUUAGAGAGAGUUCAAGGAAAACUUAAUUAAUAUACAUAAUUGGUUAAUCGAUUAUAAAAGACAAUUGAUAAUAUGAGGAAGAAAAAUUAAGAUGAUAUGGGUAAAGAUGAAAAAUCAGUAUUUAGAAAAGAUGAUAUUGAUUUAUUAGUUAAUUUUAGAAUACCUUAAACUUUAGAUUUUAGAGUAGUUAGUUAAAGAUUAAACAAUUAACAUUUGUUAAAUGAUCUUACUGAUAAAGGUGUAUUAGCUACUUGUUAACAUAAUUUUACACUCCCUGUAGAAUCAUAAAAAGAAUAAUUCUAAAUCAUAGCUUAAUAAUUAUUAUCUUAUAAAGAAUUUGCUGAAAAGAUGAAUUAAUUUUUCUUUUAUAUGGAAUAAUUUAGUAAAUGUAUUCUAUUUGAAGAUGUAAAAUAUAUAUUUUUAAUUAUUAGAUUAUUCAUUAAGUUAAUAGAGUAUUACCAUAAGUAUUUGGAUGUGAAUAAGUUAGACUAUGGUUAAUAGAUGGAAUGAAUGGAACCAUAUUUACUUAUUUAGAAACAGGCAAUCAAAUUAGAGCUUUAUAACAUAAGGGUUAAGUUGCUGAUGUCUUUAAAUUGAGGGCUGCCUAAAAUAUCUCUUAAGCUUCUUAAAAACCUUUAUUAUAUAGAAUAAAUGAUUCAGAAUAAGCUGAUUAUGCUAGAAAUGCUUUGUUAUUACCAUUGUUUUGUGAGACCAAUGAUGCUAUCAGAGGUGUUUUGGAAGUGACCAAUACUGAAAAUGAAUUCUUUUCUUUUGAUGAAGAAUACUUUGGUAUUUUAGCAUCACAUUAACUUGGGCAUUUGCUAUAAAGAUUAAUUGAUAAGUAACAAAUCUAGUAGAUUUAGUUAAUCAUGGAUAAUUACUUAGAAAUAUAGAGGAAUGAUGAUGGAUGGUUUUACUAAUCUAAUGAAAAGUUAAAGUAAAUAAGAGUUCUCUUCUAAAGUGUAAUUAAGUCUUAGUUAAAUCUUUGGAUUCUCAUAAGUCUUGUUUUACUUUUUUGAAGAUAAUCAACUUGUGGAUUAUAGCGGUCAAGAGGUUAGAAAAUAUGAUGUUUAAUAUGGAUUAGCUGGGAUGGUGGCUCAUACAAAACAGAAAUUGAUAAUAAAUGAUGUAAAAAGCUCAAUUCAUUUCAAUCAAGCUGUAGACAUUAAGUCUAUUUUACCAAUAUUUGCCCAACCGUUAUUAGACAAAAAUAAUAAUACAGUUGCUGUUAUUGAAGUAAUCAAAAUUCUAAUAUAUUAGACUUGUUUAAAAUGUAAAUUAAAAGUAUAAGUUGAGAAGGAUCAAUUAUUAUCACCAAGUGAAGGAGUAUUAGGAAUGGAAGAGCCAUUAACUAAACAACUUGCACAUUUUGUUGAUAUAAUAGUAGCAGCCUUGUGUAAUAUAAGAUUCUGA